UAGUAGCAUGGGGCACCUUGCGCUGGAGAUUUUUAUAUCACCUGUGAAACUCCACACGAUGGACACUGCGCCGUGAAUACAUCUGGCAUUUAAAUUUUCCCAAAAAUCCCCAAUCAGCUAAAAUGUGAUUUAGUCAACAAUGAGAACUCGCCAUUCUCUCCUUUUGCAUGAUCGUGUCUUUAUUUCUCCGUUUUAUGCGAUAUUACUAAUCUACAUUUGGCCAGGCAGAGAGGCCAAAGCUUGGGGUUGUCUUUGGCGAAAAUGAAAACUCUCCUGCACGUCUGCUGUAUUUUGGAGCUUUGCUCAAUGGUCGUGGUACAAAACAUUCCAACAUUUAAAGGUAGGGGAAUUCGAACUACCAACUCAACGAGAUCUCAACAAAUCGACAUCCAAAAUAUGAUAGAAGCCAAGAAAAGGAAAGAUUAUAUCAAGCGACAGAUUUUGCACAUUUUAAACUUUAGCAGCAUUUCCAACCAUCCUCCCGAGCAACCUUCUUCAGUGCGACCACCACAGAAAGCAAAAAAAUAUACACCGGAUCACUCUAUUCUCUCCGAACCUGCUGCUUUUUCGAAUGAUACAAGUUGCAUGCAAUUUCCAAUACCUGUCGAAUAUUUUGACAAAAGUGUCCAGCUCAAAAACGGGGAUAUAAAAGUUUUUAUAAGGGUAAAAAACAAAAAGAACAAACGGAAAAAGAAAGUUUCUCUCAAAAUUUCACUUAUUACUGAGAAUAAAAAAUCGGUAACCAUAGCAAGUAGGAAAUUCAAAUUACGAAAAACAGCCUGGCAGCACAUUCAUCUUCCAGCAACCCUGAUCAAAUCCAUUCAGAGACAACAUAUGGAUGUUCUUAAGAUCUGUAUCCAUUGUAACAAAUGCAAAAGGAAAGUGAAAAUAGAAUUACCCACAAGACCAAAUACAAAACGAAAGAAGAAGAGGAAAAACAAAAAUGGCCGACGGCGGCGAAAGCAGAGAGUACCCAAGUUGAGGAAAAAUCGCCCAAAGUUAUUGCUAUACUCCAAAAGCACCGAAGUUUCUGUUCGAAAUCGUAGACACGUUCCAAGUGAAUAUGAUUCGAAAUGCUGCAAGCAUGCUCAGUUUAUCCCAUUCAGUAGUUUACAUUUACCUCAGGAAAUUGAGUUUCCAAAAGGUUUUUUAUACGAACAGUGCACGACGUUGUGUUCAGAAAAUGACGCAUCAAAACAAAGCCAUGACGUCAAAGAAUGCAGAAGUGUGCGGAAAGAUCCACUGAACUUGGAUAUCAAAUUCAAAGAUGGCAUACAGUUCAAUUUAUCAAUACCAAACGCCAAAGUGAGCACGUGUCAAUGUCAUAUACAGUAAUAAGUGUUAGAGUGAUUUAUUUUUGUAAUAACGGGUAAAUUGCAUUUAUGAUAAAGUAUUGUUAUUGAAAUUGAGCGUUUGUAGAAGAUAUGCCUAUCUUGGACUGUGUUUAACAUUGAAGUGUUUUGCCCCCCCCCCCCCACACACACAAUUUCCCCUUUUUGAACAUACAAAUGGAAUCUCGGAUAGAGGUGAAAAUUUGUUGUCAUCUGAUAAUCUACCGAAUUAUUUACCUGUAUGCUUGAUGAGUCUACAUGUUGAUUUAAUUGUUAUCGGUCUUUCAGACUGAAUGCAAGGGAUGCCAUGAAUUGAUUUGAAUAACAUAUAUAAAAAUAGGUAAAUUCACAACUGUCUAUCACUUAUGUGACUUUAGUAUUACUUGACGUCACAUAAAAGUGAAUGCAAGGGAUGCCAUGAAUUGAUUUGAAUAACAUAUAUAAAAAUAGGUAAAGUCACAACUGUUUAUCACUUAUGUGACUUUAGUAUAACUUGAAUUCACAUAAAAGUGUAGAAACUGAAGUAAUUGUUUUGUUAAUCAUUGUACGAAUGUAUUUUUAUAUCUUGCAUAAUGAAGCUAAAUGAGUGUAGAGAUAUCCAAUCAGUGAUGUUAAAAAAUGAUUCUUAUUGUCUGUAUUUUGUUCGUUCUCUAAAUUUUCAUAUCAUAUUGAGGUCUGUUUACAUGUAUGUUUACAAUGUUUCCUUGGGUAGCCAUCUAAAAACGUUGCAUUUUUAAUGUAAUAACAAUAUAGAUUAUCCAUUACAAAUGCCGAUGACCAGGAAAGAACCCCAAUGUUUAGGUUUUGGACGUGUUAUAAAUUUCAUUAGUUACAAACUCGUACAUCUGACAUAAGCUGAAUUUCACUUGCCUUUAUGUUGGCUGUGUAUUAACUUACUUACUUACUGUAGCAUAGCAUAUGUAUAUAUAUA